AUGGAACCGAGACUACGCGUCGUCGCCCCCGCUUCCUCCCCUGUGAUUUGGGCCGUCCUUGUUGCUGUCAACGUCUAUGCCCACAGAGGGAUUAACGCCCUCCGCGGCGCCGUCAACGACAGCAGCGAUUUCUACGACUUCCUCACCAACACCUUGAAUGUCCCUUCCAGCAACAUUAUCCGACUCAACGACGAGGAGGCGACGCGCACCCGCAUUCUCGAUGUGUUCUUCAGACAUCUCAUUAACAACUUCGCUAUCGAGCGCGGCGACACGAUCGUAUUCUAUUAUGCAGGCCAUGGCGACCGCAGGAUAGCUCCUGCCGGUUGGAACACGACAGGAUAUCCCACGAUGGUGGAGUUGAUCUGUCCGCAUGACGAGGGCAUGCAAGACCAUGCAGGCAGGCCCAUCGUUGGUAUCCCUUCCCGGACAUUUGGUGGGCUGAUGCGUCGGUUGGCUCAUGAGAAAGGCGACAAUAUCGUGGCUGUGUUCGACUGCUGCCAUUCAGGAGGCAUGCAUCGUGGACCUGCCAGUGCCGGUAGGACGCGAUAUUUGUCUGCAGAAAGCUCAAUACCCCACUUUCCGAUCCCUGAAGACCUUGAUCAGGAAAUCUGGGCCUGGCAGGACCCGGACGCAGGCCGUGGUGUAGCGGUGGUCCCUGUCGUGCAGCCCGACUCCGGAUUCUCGACAUUGGAGGCGCGUUCACAUGUCCUUCUCGCAGCCUGCGCGCCGGAUCAAAUGGCGCAGGAGCAUAUCAUUCUCGGCAAGCCACGCGGGGUGUUCACGUACCUCUUGCUCACGCACAUGCGGAUGAGGCUCAGGGAGGGCCUUACGUACGCGCGUCUCGUGAACGCGCUGCGGAAACAGGACCAUCUCGGGCUCUGGGGCCCCGGAGCACCACUCCCAGUGAUGGUGUGGCACUUGCAGACUCCGGUGUGCCUGGGACACAACAAGCACCGACGCUUGUUCACCGCGGUCGAGGAAAUGGAAGCUGCGAGCACCUUCCCGAUCAGAUAUGAUUAUGGGCUCCUCUUCGUCGGAGCAGGCUACUGCAACAACAUUGCCAAAGGCACGUUGUUCAUCGUGGAGGUUCCGGCUGAGUUGCAGGACCGUCUCAAACUGCAACCACUCGUGCUCACCGCGGAAAGCGUCGGUGAUGCUCAUUGCACCGUUCAGUGUGGCGCGUACGAUAGAGUGCCACCGGAGAUCGGUAGAGCGCUGAAUGGGAAAGACGCUGUAGUCUGCACCAACGCUGCCAAGUUCUCACGAAUGCGGUGACCGUCGUUCGGGCAACUCGAACCCAUUGUUAUUUCUCUGCGGCUUGUGUGUCUCCCAUAUGUAACAUAUCUAUCGUCUCAUUCGUCCAUUCAUUGUCAUUGCAAUCCUC